AUGCUACCUCAGCCCAGGGGAAAUCGCCGACCUCGGCCUGACCUGCCGGUCAGAGGUCGCAAAGGCAACGUUGGACAUGACAGACUUGCCGCCGGUAUGGCCCACUUCCGCGGACAGCUCCACCCCCACUGGCGCAAGCAUCAAUUGAGCCACAACCGUCCGCAACUGUAUGAUGGUCUCAAAGGAGUAUGUCAAGGGUCAAGACACCCGGGCAUUAUGAGCAGUCGGGGACAGUCUUGGGCAAGCCAUUCCAACUGA